AUGGGUAAUGACGAGACUAAGAAUUCAAAAGAAUCGAAGAAACAAGAUGCAAUCGGAAAUAUAGAAAGCAAAAAAAGUGUUUCCAGCGAAUCAAAAUCACCUUCAAAAUCCGAUAACAAGGCUGGCAGUAAUAGUAACAACAAUAACUCACAUAAAUCAUCAACUACAUCAAAUCACAAGUCGUCGAAAGCCAGUGUAGAGAAAUAUAACGACCUUAAAAAGAAACUAACGCAACAAAUACUCAAGAAACAAGAAAUAACUCAAAAACUACAGAAAUUAGAAGAGUCAAUAUAUCAAAAAGAAUCUGAUUACUUCGAAGAGAGUACAAUUGGUAAUAUAGUUAAAGGAUUUGAAAAUUACUCAAAAUUAAGUGGAGGAAGUAGUCUAGCUACUACUGGUUUAAUGGGAAACAAAAGACGAAUUGUGUAUACCGAAGAUGAUCACAUUUUCAGUUUAAGUUCAGUAAAGUUUAUUAAAAACUUGCAUAAAAAGAAUGGAGGUACUACAGCUUAUUCUAUUGUGAAUGGAAACGGUUAUCUCGAAAAUGGAAAUUCAAAUAAUGGCUCUGCUGAUACCAGUUUAAAUAAUACUUUACAAACAAUUAUAAAUUCGAAAGAUGAUUAUGAAGAGUAUGAAGAUUCAGUUGAUCCAAGUGGUGCAAAUAGUGGGAUCAAAAUUACACUACCGCCACAUGAUAGCAGAAGUGAUAGUGCGUCGAGUACUCCUUCAAGGAAAAGAAAAGCAAGAACCAUUGAGGAUUGUUAA